AUGGCUUCAGGAUGUGGGAGAAAACAAGCUUCAGAAUGGAAUGAGUUUACUGAAUUUGGCACAAAAGUGAAGUGCAAACAUUGCGAAACUGUUGUUAGCAAAAGAGCUGUAAGAAUAAAAGAACAUUUAAAAAAGUGCAAAAGGAAUAUUGCCUCUAGGACUAUUGAAGAAACUGAUAUUGCAGAGAUUGAGCCUCCUACUAAAGUGCCCAGAGUUGAAGAGUGCAAUAAUGACUGUGCAGAAGUUCCUUCUUCAAGCAAAGAACAAAAGCAGAAAUCCAUAUUUUCUUACGGUGUAGUUACAACAGCAUCUCAGAAACAAAAUUUGGAUAAAUCUGUUGCUAGAUUUUUUUAUGCAAACAACAUAGCUUUCAAUGUUUCAAGCAAUGUAGAAUUUAAAAAAAUGGUUGAAGAUUUAAGACCUGGUUACGUUCCUCCUAACAGGCAUCAACUUUCGGGGAAAUUACUUGAUGAAGCUUGCGAUGAUAUUGAAAACUGCUUAAAGAAAGAACUUGUCGAUGAAGCAGCUCUAACUUUAAUCCUUGAUGGAUGGUCAAGUGUAAAAAAUGACCCAAUAUUUGCCUGCAGUAUUCAUACCGGAGUUAAAUCUUACCUUUUCAAGGCUAUGGACUGUGGUUCGGAAAAGAAAACAGCAGAGUUUUGUGCUAAUUUUGCGAAGGAAACACUAGAGGAAGUCGAGAUCAAGUAUAAUAAGAAAGUGUUCGCUAUUUGUACAGAUAAUGAAAAUAAGAUGACUGCUAUGGGAAAUCAAAUUCAGGAAACUCACCAGUCACUUUUGAUUUAUGGAUGCUCAGCACACAUGCUAAAUCUUUGUGUUAAAGACAUCAUACCAAAUAGUUUAAUUAAACAUGUCUUAGAAGUGCAAAAAUAUUUCAGGAAUAAGCACAAUGCUCAUGGGUGGCUAAAGGAGAAAAAUGGCUUAAUGCCUCAGAUACCCAAUGACACUAGAUGGAAUUCACAAGAUGAAUGUCUAAGAACUUUCAUCAUUAAUUUUCACAAGUAUAAUGAAAUCAGAUUAGAGCACUUGGAUGAGUUUGAUCAGCAGAUUGGAAGUAUACUGACAAAUGUUGGUAUCUAUACUCAAGUUGUUUACCUACGUAAGCAGCUUGAAAUUAUUUCAAAAGCAAUCAAUGAACUUCAAAGCGACAACGCUACUUUGUCGAAAGCAGUGGAGACAUGA